UUUGUUUGUCUUGUUUUUAAUGCUUGUUGAUCAGUCUGUGUUUUAUUUUGAAGGAGACAUGGAGCUAGCACCUGGAUCACACAUCAACAUGUCUGCUUGGCUCCGCCCCUGCAGUAACGCCUCCUUGGAGCCUCCAAUCAGAGCCGAGCGUCCGUACAGCCCCUGGCAGCUCGUCCUCAUCGUCAUGGUAACAGCAUCCCUCAGCUGCGUCACGUUGCUCGGCAACACGCUGGUGAUCGUCUCCAUCAAAGUGAACCGCCGCCUGCGGACGGUCAACAACUACUUCCUGUUGAGCCUGGCGCUGGCCGACCUGCUCAUCGGCCUGUUCUCCAUGAACCUGUACAGCCUGUACCUGCUGCUGGGCCGCUGGCCACUGGGGGCAGCGCUGUGCGACCUGUGGCUGGUGCUGGACCACGUGGUGAGCAGCGCCUCGGUGCUGAACCUGCUGGUCAUCAGUCUGGACCGCUACUUCUGCGUGACACGCCCCUUGAGUUACCCCACGCGGCGGACAGGGCGGAUGGCCGUUCUGAUGAUCGGUGGCGCCUGGCUGUUGUCCUUUGUCCUCUGGGCCCCCGCCAUCCUCUGCUGGCAGAAUGUGGGGGGGGAACGAUUCGUCCCUGAGGGGCGGUGCUACACGCAGCUGCUGUCCAGCCCGGCCGUCACUCUGGGGACGACGCUUCCCUCCUUCUACGUCCCGGCCGUCGUCAUGAUCGUCCUGUACGGCCGCCUGUCGGCCGGCAGCCGCAGCCGGCUGAGCGUCCUCCAGUCAGAGCGGGGCGCGCUCAGGACGUCCAGUCCGUCCAUUAAAGACUUCCUCACGAAACGAAGGAGCUGGGUGACCAGCGACCCUUGCUCUGAUCUGUCUCUGAACCAAUCAGAGUCCAGCCCAACAAAGACCAGAAGGAACCGGAGGGCGUCUAGAAGUCCCGGAGACACGUCCGGGCUCGGAGACAUCUGUCUGUCCCGCCAGCAGCGUCUCACUCAGUCCGCCGGCCGGCGCACCAGAUUGGAAGAUUACAACAAAAUUGAGAAUGACUCCUCCUCCAACACUGACCUCCAAAGGACGGCGUCCAUGGCUUUGUCCACCUGUCCCAGUUUCAGGUCUCAGGAGACGAGGAUGCAUCGAGUGAUGGCGAGGGAGAGGAGGGUCACCAAGACCAUCUUGUCCAUCCUGCUGGCCUUCAUCCUCACCUGGACGCCCUACAACAUCAUGGCUGUCAUCGCCGCCUUCUGUCACGUCUGUAUCCCAAACAGCCUGUGGACCGUGGGAUACUGGCUCUGCUACGUCAACAGCGCCAUCAACCCGGGCUGCUACGCCCUCUGCAACGUCACCUUCAGGAAAACCUUCUGCAGCCUCCUGCGCUGCCGCCGCUCAAACCUCCGCUGACACCAGAGUUCUUCAGAACAUCGGGUCGAGCCGGAGGUCGGCCCUUUGUGCUCGUUUGGCUUCUCUGUGUUGUCGGAUGGUUCUGUUCAUCGCUGACUGAUGUUGAAACAGGAAAUGAUAAAGUCUGUUUUUAAAGUGACCUCAUCAGUGACCAGUGAGACGCCUCGUUCAGUCCAGCUGUAAAACUGGAAACUGAACGAGAAGCAAUAGUUUCACAUCGAGAGACGUCUCAGAGAAAUCCUGUGGUUUCAUUUAACUGGUUAUUAAUGAUUAUCAUUUGCGUAAAUACAUUUUAACGAUAUAAUAACGAUUCUUGUUUGUAUUAUUAACGAUUAUAUUUGUGUUAUUAAUGAACAGAUCAGACUCUUUGACAAUGUAAAG